CAGGGCUGAGCAGCGCCGCGACCACCAGACUCGUCCACUUCCGCCUCCAAGAUUGAGACUUCCGGGAACCAUUGCGCGCAGAAGACGCUAGUUCCGCUGUUUCUUAGAGCGUGAAAACGAGAGAGUACACAUUUUUCCCUCGGUUGCAAAUCGAUUCAUUCCAACAAUGUCUGACUCCGAAGACCCUGUCGACAUUGCCGACGAGGGUGCCGACGAUCUUUUCGGAGACGGCGAUGAGGCACUUUCAGAUGCUGAAAAUGCCGUGAGUGACCGUGAGGCGGCUUCGGAGAGGGAAGGCAGGGAAGCGGAUGCGCGCUUCCACGACGACCACGACGACCACGACGACGAAGAGCCUCGCCAAUUCCGCGAAAAACUGGUGUCCGAAGUUCCAUUGUAUAGGCACCGCAUUCCGCGUUCCAAGGACGGCGGAUUGCACUCCCUGCGGGUUCCCGACUUCAUCAAGUUCAAGCCCAUGGAAUACAAGUCCGAUGAGUGGCAGCCGAGCAAAUGGGACCUUGACAACGCCAACUCGGAGAACCCGAUCCCCUCGAUAAUGUGGCGCCGCGAUCCGGCGACCGGCCGCAUGCAGAGCAACGCCAACAUCUACCGCUGGAGCGACGGCUCCGUCACGCUCGCCAUCGGCGACGAGCACUACGAGAUCCAAUCCAAGCCCCUCGCGCCGCCGAGCAACAAGCCCUACCGCGAGGUGCAGGACGCACACUACUACGCGGCGGCCGCCCAUCUGACGACUAACUCGCUGCUGAUCGUCGGCCACCUGACGGAGCAGUACACGGUGCGCCCCAACAAGGAGCUGCAGGACCACGCGCUGGAGCGGCUGAAGGCCGACCUCGCCGGCGCCAAGAGGGACCGCAGCGCCGAGAUGAUCAUCGUCACCAACGAGGACCCGGAGUUGCAAAAGAAGCAGGCCGAGCUGGCCGAGAAGGAGCGCGCCAAGCUGCAGCGCCGGCGCGAGACGGCCGCCGCUCGCGCAGACGGGCUUGGCGGCCGGUACAAGAGCGGCGGCCCGUUAUCCGUCGGCGACCUCGAGGGUCGUCGCGGCCCGGCCGCCGCCGGCAGGAAGCGCGGCGCGCCGGGCGCUGCCAAGCAGAAGCGUCGUCGGCCCGAGUACGACUCGGACGAUGACCUGCCGAGCGGCACGCGCCGUGGGGAUAACUACGACAUGGACGACGGCUUCCUGGUCAACAGCGACGAGGAGAGCGAGGCGGCGGAGGAGGACGAGGAGGAAGAGGAGGAGCUGCUGGACGAUGAAGAAGAGGAGGAGGAGGAGGAGAAGGAUGACAGGCCGCGGGCGAAGCGGCAGAGGACGUCUGACCCGGACGAGGAUGCAGAAGGUGAGGAGGACGCCCCGACGCACGAGACGUCGAGGGGUCGCAGACGGCGCGUCAUCCAGGAUGAUGACGAUGAGGAGUGAAUUAUUUGGGGGACUUCCUGGGCAUGUAUAACAUAAUCCAAGCACAUGGUAACAGACACAUUUGGCGUCUCUGACUCGGAAAAUGGCAACAGUUCAAAGGAAUCACAUUUACCUGCCGAGCUUCACUUUUGAUCGACCCAGGGGGGCCGAAUGCAGCGCCUUUGCUUUAGUUACGAAGGGCACUAACCUACAUCAUAUGAGCAAUUCAUUUUCCCUUGGGUACGUCGUG